CGGCCCCCGAGGGCACACGCUUGAAGAAUGCGAUCGCGGUGCUGAUCCCAAUAUGAACUGCAGCUAUCCCGUUAUUCUUGUCUUCAUCGACCGGACAACGUUGCAUUCAGAGCGGGUGUGGUGGUCGGGGUCCCAGGAGUGCGUGGAUGGGAGAAAGACUCUCACACCUUAAUGUUCCGUCCGCAUCCCAGACAUGCUCUUAGACAGUCUGUCAGUCACCUUGCUGGACACUGCAAUUGUCUCAUGUCUCAACGGCGCCAACCACCGUGCUGCAAUUCGGCAAAGGAAGAAUCAUCCAGAUUCUACUCGAUUGAUCUCCAAACUACGUCUUUUUCCACCUACCGAGUUACCCAGAUACUCAGCCAGUGAAAUGGAGCAACUGGAAGCUAAGCUCCAACCACCCAUGGCACCUAAUAAAAGCAAUAUAUACUCCGGCCGGUCCCCGAGCAGUGACUACGGCCCAUCACCCAAUCCACUCCCGGUCUUGAAUCGUAGUACCACCAGCAACCAUCCAAUAAUCACCGCUAAUCAGCUAGAGGCGGCCCGCGCCGAAGCAGUUCCAUCAGUGCACACUGCACUUUUGACUCCCUCCCACCCUAUGGUUCCAACCUCCUCCGCCCGCCUCAGAUGGUGCCCCUGAUCCCAACCAUCACUAGAGAGAAUUUGGAAAUGGCGUGGGCAGAUCCUCAUGUGAAGACGCCUUAUGUCGAUACUAUCGAGACCUGGAUGGUGGGUGGGCGGCGGUCCUGGUAGGUAGUUGUCGGAUUUGAAACCGGACUUGUC